CUUUUAUAUAUCAGCUCGUGAUUGCCCGCGCCGCCAGCCAGCCCGCCAGCAAAACGCACUCUAGUGUUCUCUGUUUGCAAGACGAAAAAAGAAAAACUUGAUUCUUGAGAUCAACUCUCUCUCUGAUACAUUCGACUACAUAAACAGAUCACAGCCCGUCUUGUCCUUCUUGUCGGUUCAGGCUCCCAUCAAAAGACCACCCUCACCCACAAGCUGAACCAACCAGCCAAAGAAAAAACACCGCAUCCUCAUCAAUUUCUUACACCAUGGGCUCCUCCAAGAGAUCAUCUGCUUCUUCGGCACCAGGAAGCCCCUUUGAUCCCAACUUUUCAUUUGGCCCCAAGCAGCGAGUCGAUUCGUACGCGAGCACAACAUCCACCGGCACGUCGGUCCUCCGUAGGGCAUCGUCCAACUGGAUAAAACCAUCUCCUACAGUCAAUGUCCAUACAACCUGUGGCCGCCAUUCAGAUCAGCUGCUCUUUGGUGGCCCUUCGCUGAAGGACAUGGCGAAAGCGCUCUUGGGCAAGAAGUAAACAACCCCCGCCC